UCGCGUUAUGAUUGCGUCAUCACGUACGGAAGAGGUGCAAAACAAAAUGUUAGCCGUUAGCCUAGAGCUGUGCUACUUAACUCUCUUCGCCUUAUUAUGAAUUUAUCACACAAAAAUUCACUGUGAAUAACUUGGCUUUAUCUAGCAUCAACAGGAUAAAUAAACCGAUUUUUGUUUAUUUUGAAUUAGCUAGUUAUGGAGAAGGUAGCCUAGUUUAUCCGAGCCUAGCCGUGGUGGUGGCCAUAAGUUUGUGUGUGUGUGUGUGUGAGAGAGAGAGAGAGAGAGAGAGACAUGUCUGUUUUCACGGCCAGGGAUUUUAAUUAAAUUUCUAUUAAAACUUUGAGAAAUGACCACAGAGACGUUUGUGAAGGACAUCAAACCCGGACUGAAGAAUUUAAAUGUCAUCUUCAUCGUCCUGGAGACAGGAAGGGUCACCAAAACCAAAGAUGGCCAUGAGGUACGCACCUGUAAGGUAGCUGAUAAGACGGGCAGCAUCAGCAUAUCAGUGUGGGAUGAAGUCGGAGCUCUCAUUCAGACCGGAGACAUCCUCCGACUGACCAAAGGCUAUGCGUCAGUUUUUAAAGGCUGUCUCACUCUGUACACAGGAAGAGGAGGAGAGCUGCAGAAGAUUGGAGAAUUUUGCAUGGUGUAUUCCGAAGUGCCAAACUUUAGUGAGCCGAACCCAGAAUAUUUGGCCCUGAUGAACAAGACGGGACUUAAUGAGCAAGGAAACAACACAAACAACAACAACGGUUCCUCGAGUGCUGCAGGUGCUGAUGCCACUAACGGUAACGGAGUGACAUGUCCAAGCUCAGCGAGCGCGCAGCCGAGCGGCCGAGGGAAUGUCGGGAACGCCAACAGAAACUCCGCCUCUGGAAGUGCAGUGAGUAACGGGAAGGAGACACGACGUUCUGCUAAAAGAUGAUCGCAGCUGUAUGUGUGUCCAAGUGGGAUUUAAUUCUCUUCAUCAGCCAAGAGUGAAUUGAUUCAUGAGAUGAUUCUUCAGCAUGUAUCUGUGCCGUGAAUGUGUCCUAAACAGCAUAUGAUCUUUAUCUGUUUCCGCUAAAAGACAGGGUUUUUUUCUGUAAUAUUUUUUGGUCCGAUACGAGAUGGCUGACUGGACCUGGAGAACACAAUGAGCGUUCUGAAAGUUAUUUGGAUUUCAGAUUUCAAACUUGCAUUGAUAUCUCCAACCAUAAAUCUGUGUAUUAGGGCUGCAAACACUAAUCUCUCUCUCUCACACACACACACACACAUUUUUCUUCAUCUGAACACUUUUACAUAUGUAUUUUUUUUAAGUAUUAGUUUUUUAAAUUAAUACAUCCUGUUCUUAAUUAUGAUUUUUUUUUUGCAAAUAAUUUUUUUUUGUUUAAACACUUUUUUUGAAAAAUAUUUUUAACAGAAUGUUUUUUUUUUUUUAUACAACAUCUGACUUGUACUUAUUUUUAGGGUUUUUUUUUCAAAUACAGAAACGUUUUUCUUUAACACUUUUACCAAACUAUAUUGAUUAGAAUUCAAGGUAUUUUUAAUUAAUAUAAAUUCAGUUAUCUUUCAUACGAUGCAUCGUUUUAUAUUGGGGUUUUUUUAGUAAAUAAUUAUUUCCCCUCAUUUUUAACACUAUUUUCCAAACAAAUGCGACAAAAUUAAAGAUAUUUUAAUUAACACAUUUUUUUUGCAAAUAAAAUAAUUGCACUUGGUCAUUUUUAACACGUAUAUUAAGUGUUAAAAUCAAUUAUUUUGUUUUAUUACUAUACUAACAGAAUUAGAGAUAUUUAAUCAUUAAAACAUCUGCUUUAAUAAUAAUAAUAAUAAUAAUGUUCGCCCGUAGUCAGCUGGGAUAGGCUCCAGCUUGCCUGCGACCCUGUAGAACAGGAUAAAGCGGCUACAGAUAAUGAGAUGAGAUGAUAAUAAUAAUAAUAAUGCAUCGGGGGUUUUUUUCCAAAUAAGUUUUCCUUCAUUUUAACACUAGUGUCUGUAACAGCAUUUAAUUAAUAAAACUUACUUUAUUAGAGCUAUAAUUAAAGUCUUUCCUGUUUUCGUGUCCUCGUUCCUCUUGCAGCGUGUUUCAUGAAUUCGCCGACUUUCUUCCUUAACUGUGAUGAAAGUAAACGUUUAUAUGGAAACUCAGUGGGGUUUUUUGUUGUUUUUUUGGGCGACGGGGGUCAUUUUGUUCAUGUUCUGAUGUGUAAAACUCCUAAUAUGACUGAUUUAAGAGAACUUUAUUCCAGCACUGUUCUCUCUCUCUCUCUCUCUCUCUCACACACACACACACACACACACACACACACACAGACAGAGUGAAGCGACGUUAAUAAAAUCAGAACCAUGCUGUUAUGAAGGAAAAGAGAAUUUUAUAUUUCAGGCUGUUCUACAUUUAAUGACAAUUUUAUUCUGUAACUUGUUUAGCUUUUUAAGAUAUAAUUAUAUUAAUGUGCUGUUUGUUUGUUUACAUUAUGUACACUUCAGCACAGUUACAUUAUGUUUCUCACGCACAGGCUGCCGGAUUGGAUCAACUCAAACUGAAUCAUAACUUGAAACAGAAAUAUCUGUAAUAUUCACUGUUCCUGUGUGUGAUUAUAAUAGAGAAUAUACACAUAAUUCUCAGAUGUAGUUAUGAUUAAAAAACAGCAAAUGUGUUGGUGGCUCCAGUCUGCCAACUCUGAGCUUAAAAACCACAACUGUUUUUUUAAUAUUCCCUAUGUUGUUUUUUUGUUUUGUUUUUUUCCAGUUCAUGUUAAAAAUGUCAAAGCAGCGUCCUGAGAACUGCAGGAGAUGUUCAUGGUGAAUAAAAAAAGAAAAUAUAUUUUUAA